GCAUUUGUGGUGUGUAGAAACUAUUCUCCACCAGAAGGAUAUGAACCCACUCUGGAAAAUCCAAUGUUUGCUCCCAAUUACGAUGAGGCCGUGAAUCAGCUGACUGGUAUCAAUCGAGUUAUUGUUCCUUUUGUUGCAUGUGGGGAUCUAAGCGGCUUUGACAGUGACGGCAGCUACCCACUCAACCUUCCAACCAUACCAUCCGGACCACUAGGCUCCGAGUACGUUUUUCGUGACGUUGUCCAGCCUCCUACCGAACCGUCGUACAAGGAAUCAGUGAUGAUUAAGAAGCUUGACCGGCUAGUGGUUGCGGAAAGUAUCGUGGAAAAGGUAGCAAAGUCGGUACUACCACACGUCCGACCAGCAAAUCCGGACGCAAGUGAUAUCGGCUAUGGGGACGAACAAGUGGAAGCUUUGGCCAGUUUGUUGUUAAGCGAAGAAUCCUGA